AUGAUGAUGGAGGUCAAACUAUGGAACGACAAGCGAGAGAGAGAGAUGUACGAGAAUUUCUCAGAGCUCUUCGCAAUCAUCAAAGCCACAGAGAAGCUAGAGAAAGCUUACAUCAGAGACCUAAUCACUCCUUCAGAGUACGAAUCAGAAUGCCAGAAACUCAUCGUCCACUUCAAAACUCUCUCCGCUACACUCAAAGAAACGGUCCCAAACAUCGAGAGAUUCACAGACACUUACAAAAUGGACUGUCCGGCCGCUCUCUACCGCCUCGUGACAUCCGGUGUUCCGGCCACAGUCGAGCACCGAGCCACCGUCGCGGCGUCCACGUCAAGCUCUGCUUCCAUCGUCGCUGAAUGUGUGCAGAACUUCAUCACGUCGAUGGAUUCUUUGAAGCUAAACAUGGUCGCUGUUGAUCAGGUUUAUCCUCUCUUGUCUGAUCUCUCUGCGUCUCUUAGCAAGCUGAGUAUUUUACCGGCGGAUUUCGAAGGGAAGACGAAGAUGAAAGAGUGGCUUUUGAGGUUGUCGAAGAUGGGAGCAGCUGAUGAGCUCACUGAGCAGCAGUCAAGGCAGCUUCACUUUGAUCUUGAGUCAUCUUAUAACUCUUUCAUGGCGGCUUUGCCUAAAGCUGGCAAUUGA